UGUUUUCCGUGUUGCUGUCUCCAAGCAUCUCCAAGUUUCACCUCAAUUUAAAAUGUCUGGGAGAUCUGCAAAAAAGCGACAAAAGGCUAGAUCCCGAUCUGCAAGGGCCGGGGUACUAUUCCCAGUCGCAAGAAUGCAUAGAUAUAUGAAACAAAGGACGCAUCAUCAAAGAAUCGGGGCCGGUGCCCCUGUGUACAUGGCAGCUGUUAUUGAGUACCUCACCGCUGAAAUCCUUGAAUUGGCUGGAAAUGCUGCACGGGACAACAAGAAGGGGAGAGUCACCCCACGCCACAUCCUCCUGGCUGUUGCUAAUGAUGAAGAGUUACACCAGCUGCUAAAACAUGUCACCAUAGCAGCUGGUGGCGUCCUACCCAAGAUCCACCCAGAAUUGCUCAGCCGUAAGAAAGGAGGCAAAUUCCCCAACCUGAUGCCCGCACCAGUAGUGCCACCCAAACCAAAGGUGACCACACCUCCUAAAAAAACAGUGGUGAAGAAACCGGCAACCCAUGGAGGGAUGGCUCCAAGGAAAGCUGCCAGUAUCACAAAAGGGAAAGGAAAGGGAAAAGGUGACUCGUCGGUAGGCACUCUUGAUUCUGCCACUGGUUUCACUAUUCUGUCUGAAAAGAAGCUUUUCCUUGGUCAGAAGCUGACUGUUCUUCAGGGAGACAUUGUCAAAGUAGCAUCUGAUGCUGUUGUACAUCCUACCAAUGCCUCAUUUUACAUGGGUGGUGAAGUAGGCCAAGCUUUAGAGAAAGCAGGUGGUAAAGAAUUCCAACAAGAAGUGAAAGAUCUCCUCAAUUCCAAUGGCAAUCUCGAUGUCUCAGGAGCCGCCAUAUGUCCAGGUCGACAUUUCCCUGCCAAAUAUGUAAUCCAUGUCAACAGCCCGACUUGGGGCAACCAGAAUGCACAACAGUUACUUGAAAAAGCUAUAAAGAACAUCCUUGCCCUUGCUGAUGAGAAAAAUCUCAAAACUAUAUCCAUACCCUCUGUCAGUAGUGGAAAUGCUGGUUUCCCGAAGCAGACGGCAGCACAGAUCAUCCUGAAGGCAAUUAGUAACUACUUCGUUACCGUCAUGUCCAGCACGCUAAAGCAGAUCUAUUUUGUCUUGUACGACAUGGAGAGUAUUGGGAUAUACACCAGCGAGUUGGCCAAACUCGAUUCAUAGAUGCAUCAUUCGAAAUCAUCAAGUGUCAUCUGAAUUGUUGGGUAGAAUAUUACGAAUGUGUCUCGUUUGGAUACAAGUGUAUUGUAUAAUGAUCCGAAGUUAGUACAUGUCGUACUAUUGUUGGUAACCAGUAUGUACUUUAUCCACUGUAACGAAAGAUUUUUGUGUGUUUGGUGAAUGUACAGCCAUAGGUUGAUAGGACACGCUGUUGGUUAGCGUAGAACUGUGGAGGCCGCGCCUGGUAAAAUGCAACAUCUUUACCAGUAAAGGUAUCUGAGGAGCAGUUACUGUGUGAUGUAUUUCAUGCUGUAUGUAUUCAAGGAACAAUACUAGUUAAAAUUGGGUUCUGUGUUUGAAUAUCUUGCAUAAUCAAGUUCGAUCACAACAUUACAAUAUCGGGAACGACUAUGUUGGUACUUGGAAAAUAACAUGCCUCAGAUUUUGUGCAAUGGUAGAAUUGAAUAAAAUAUUCAUGAUCUAUUGUGGAUGUGAGUAUUAAGAGCAACGAAACUCGUAAGAAUUUUCGGGAUUGAGAUUGAAAGGUUGACCUCAUUUCUAAAAUAAGAUGACUCAUUUCACCAUUAAUUUCCCAAAUAAGAAUGAUCGAUAUUAAGGCACCAUUUUUCAUGCAAAUCAUUGUUAAAUUCCUGUAGCACUGUGGAAUUUGUUAUCAAUACAUGUGUGCAUCUACUGGGUAUGUAGAGUUAUCAUUAGAGGUUUACAUUUUAUAUGUUUUUAUAUAUCUAUAUGUAUAUGUUAUUGGGCAAUUUUAUCUAUUGUGAGUCUUGAUUUAAAUGAUCACAUGUAAAAAAAUAUUCUAAGAAGGAGAGGCAUUCACUUUUAUCUGGUCGCAAAUAUCCCAUUUAGACGUGUUAUGUUAGCAUUUUCGAAUCUAAGCCUGAAUUACUGGGUUAUCUAUUUUCCGUAUAUGUAUCUUUUAAACCUCAUUCCUGGUAGCCCACCAUGGCUACCGGUGUACUCCGAAUGGAGAACUAUGUAUAUCAAUGAACUGCCAGUGUCGGGGACCAGACCAGGGUUCAAAUCCAACAACAUUGAGCAUCGCCACCAUGCUCCAAGACCUAUCUGGGUCAAACUGGUUCCUGUCAUCUGCCUGAUGCUAUUUUGAUAUUUUGUGCUAUUUCAAUAAUAAUGCGCUGGAACAUGUCUUGCUGUUUUGUAGUUUGCUUGUGGUAUUUAUCUAUAGUCUCCGUUCUACUCUGCCAAGUGUCCUUUAAGCUCCGUGCAAACAAGUGAUUUAAAUCGCUGCGACGUGUGAUUAUAAUCGCUGCUAUGUGCGACAAAAAGAGCUGUCAUCUGGCGAGUAAGAUCAGUAAUCGCUGGGUUUGAUAUUGUUCACAUGUUGCUGGGACCACUAAUUUUUGUCACAAUCAUUAUUGCAGGUUGCAGCGAAUUGAACUACUUGUUUGCCGGGUACUUCAUGUCUCCAAUCUCCACUGAAAAGUGUGUCCUGUAUGUAUCGAAUGAUAACUGUCAGUCACUCUGGAUUCAACGAAACUAAUUAUACCCUUUCUAAAGGACAUACAUGUAAUACAGCUGUGCACUUGUUUUAGAAAUUCACCUGAAUUUAUUUACAAUCUGCACCCUUCUAGUAUUAUAUACUGUGAUCUAUCAUCAAUGUUAUCCUCUUGACCGAGUCAAGUCUCACCUACGCAACUUCCAGAUCUAAAAUGCUUCUAAAUUUGUAGUGCAUUUCUGCUGCCAUAUGACUAUGACUAUCAAGUGGUUCGACUGGUUUUCCCUUUCCCUCAAAAAUCUCUCUCUCUAUCAGAUGAAAACCUUUAACAAAAGCCUGAGUAACAGUUUGUUUUCAGAACAGUUUUAAUGUGCUGUUCCCAGUAGUUGCUUUGGUGAAUGGGAAGCUGGAAGUGUUAAAUCUAAAUUUUGUUGAAGGUGAAAUAUAUAUACUCUCCUUGCCAGAUCUAAUAGGUGGUGUGUGUUCUUUUAUGUUGAAAUAUAAUAGUAAUGCUCUGGGCCUGGGAUGUAGUAGGUUAAUGGAGAAAUUCUGCUUUACAAAUCUUUGGGACACUGGCUCGGCAUUUGGUUGACAUUAGAAAGGUAGUGUACCAUUUAUGUCUCUGACUUCAGUUUCGUUGCUGGAAUACAGUCAUCUAGGGACAUCUCUAAACUUGCCGCAAAUAACACAUCUAUAAAAGCAAACUCUGGAACAUCUCAGAGCGAAGUGGCCAACUAAACUGAAGAACUUUUUGAAAUAGGGUGCAACCUCUCUAUAGCCACUGUAAACGUUCAUAUUUUUAGGCUUUAAUUCUGUUUAACUGUGAUUAUUAUCUGGUAGUAGCUAAUUCUAUAGUCUCCCGAAUGAUCGUUCUUUUUCUUGUUCUUCUUAUAUUUUAACUACUUGUUUGUUUUGUUGACAAAUAUGAGUAUUUUAACUAUCGUUUUAGUCGUGAACUACAUCUACAUGUACUACAUGUAAUUUGCUUUGUUUUGAUGCUUACUUGAUGGUGCACUCAUUUUUCUCUUCACUUAAAGAAUCGUCAGUUGGGUUUGUGAGGCCCCUAUAAAAUCAGCAUCUUGACCCCCAAGGCUUUGAUGUAUACCCUCGCUACACUCCCCUGGCAGACCAAAAAUAUGAUAUGCCAUUAGUCUGAAAAACUGAGUCAAGAUGCUUAGUCAGUAAUUGAGAGGAAAAUGAAACAUUCAGUUCUUGCAAGUCGAACAUCCUUGGUGAUAUAAUGAAUAUUUACAGAACUUUUCCAUACAUGUAGUCAUCUGUCUUGUAGUGUCUUUAUGAUCUCUUAUAUAAGAGAAAAACCAGUACAAAUUAUAAUUUGUUACGUCUGCUUGCAAUAUAAUUUAUGUGUGAAGAUUACAUUUUAUCUAUUGGCAAAGCCUUUAAGUGUAGUUAUAUCAUUUAGAGCAUGCACUGUAGUGGUAGGUAAUUGUUCACUUAGUAAACUACAGGGUGUCCCAAGAAAUUUUAAGAAAAAAAUGCAAAUGUUUCCACAAUUUUCUUGUCGUUGAAUAGUUAUUUUGUUUUUCACAGAAAAGUAGAGUGUUGAAUUUUAAUCGAGUCGUUUCUCCGGAUACCCUGUAUAUACGAGUGCACAUAAUUGUGAAGAUUUUGUCGCUGUCUUUGUAGUUGUGCAAACCUUUUCAUCUUCCUUCACAGUUGGAUUAUUGAUUAUGUGUAAACGCAGCAGCGAAAACUGGCUGAGAAGCUGUUAAAAAUGUCAUGCAUGUUUUUUAUCAUUUCGUGAGUACAGAAAUGUAGUAACUUAUUAAUUAUUCAAGAUAAGACCACGAACAACUCGUUGAGUUCAUUCACUUUUGUCAACAAGUGUAAAUAUUGGGCUUUAGAACUUGGUGCUUUAAUUUUCAACCAUCCAUGCUCACAUCAUCAGCUUUUAGUCCUACUUUUUAUGAGUCAACAUAUUUUGGAAGCCCAAUAUUGUGUUGCAACAUCGUCACAUCAUUGACACAUCUUAAGAACAAUCUCCAUCAUUUUGCCGUCAGAGGCCAUGUGAUUCUAUUCUAAAUUUUGUAAGUGAAGAGUCUCCUUGUAGGCAAAACAACUUUUGGCCCUGUGCAUUUUCCCUUUGGCUUAGGUGUUUUGUCAAGGACCCCUUCAGUAGCCAUUUGGAUUGGUCAUGGACUUGAUUCCCAGUUGGUCGCGGUAUACCCAUGUAAUAAAGAGUGCGACUCUCUUCGCGGUUUCCUCUGGGUCGUCCAGUUUGUACCUACAGUAUACAAAUCGCCCAAAUAUUGUCUUAUGAGCCAAUAAUGUGUUAGCUCCGGGCUCUAUUAAACUUUUUUUUAAAGAGUCAGUUUGUAACAGAUCUGUUAAUAGCAGAAUGACUAAUUGAAACAUUUAUAAUAGGAUCACGUGGCCUUUUCAAAUUUCAUCAUGUUUACAUGUUACACUGACUGAUAUUCAUGUCCGAUUUCAUUACUGAACCGUAUCUCGAGUCAAAAUUAGAGUAGGUCCAGCAGGAUCUUUACUCAUUAGCCAUUUCUUUUUGUCCUGAAGGGAGAGGGCUAUGUCCAGAAUAAAAUCAAUCGUUGCACAAAAAACCCUUACCAGAAAGUGCUAAUCAAGAACGUUUUAAACUAUUCUUGAAAAUCAUUGGGACAAUUUCUGUGCAACAAAUAGGCAAUUUCAGUAUUUUUCUCAACUUGACAGGAUGACUGUGUCCUACUCUAAACUUGACAUGAGAUCCAUUUUAUAUUUAUCAAUCAGAUCUGACACCCAUUGUAGAAGUCAAGCAGAAACAUUUGGUGUUUCUGAAUAUUGUCAAUGAAUUUAAAAUUACAUGUAGCAGCAAUAAACCAUUAUUAGAUGAAGCCCUUUUGUGCAAAACCCCCUGAUGCUGGCAGUGUAAGCAGUCUGGUUGUCUCCAGCAAAGUUUCCUCCUACAUUUGAUACAUGACCCAUCCCACUAUUGUUUACAGAGCUAACCAUGUCCUAGUUGACAUUCAGCUCCAUAGGCCCUUUGAAUUGAAUUGAAUUGAAUUGAAUUGAAUUGAAUUGAAAUUAUGAAAAUAAUCUGCUAUUGAAUGUAUGGUAGUUGAUAUUCACACCAAUGUCCCCAGAAUGAAUCAGGUGUUUUUGUCGCCAUUCUUUUUAACUUGAAAGGGUAGGUUCUGCACGUAGACACAGAGUUCGUGGAGAGAAAACUAAAUAGGGUUGAUAGCUGCAAUUUGUCAGAAACCAUCGCCAAGAUGGUCUACUUUUAGUUUGUUGGAAGGACUGCAAUAAAAAAUCUAAAAAUGUA